AUGCUAAUACAAAGACCAUAUUUGGAUGUUCAUUUCCAACUGGAGCAUGGCUGUGCCGAUUUCAGUGUCGGAGAUGACAUUCAGGGAAUGGCUUACAUUAUCCCACGAAAGAAUAUGUCUCCACAUCAGCUAAGCAUUUAUCUUGAAGUUGCAACUCGUAAUGAUUGUUCGUCAGGUAAGGUCAAAAUACAGAUUGACAGGACCGAAAACGCGGUGCCACUUCCACCAUACACUGCACGUCAGACCUUUCUUCGCAUAGAACAGCCACUCGUGCUCAAAUCGUCGACAGAAUCGGGACUUCUGCAAGGAGGUCUGCGACACGAGAUACCAUUCGGGUUCACGGUUCCUCCAAGGAUAAAAGGUUCGGUGUGCCAGCAAUUUUGUCACCAUCAGCAGGUCCAGGAAGAGCAUUCACUCCUUCCCCCGAGCAUAGGGCAAGACGACAUGACACCCAGCGAGAUAUCGGUCGAGUACAACAUAAAGCUCAGCUUGACACGGGGUAUCAACCGAGACGGGAUGCCAGCAGUAGCUGAAUGGGCAUGUCCAUUGUUUAUUCGUUCGCCGCGCAUAGAAUGGGCACCCUUGCUGGUUCCGGAAGACAGCAAGUAUUACUGCCUCAGUAAAGAGAAAUUCGUAUCCAAGUCACCAAUGUCUCUCUCUCGAAUUGGAGCGCUGUUGGCGCGGACGGCACAGCCAGCUGCUAUUCCACAAGCAAAAGCCAUGGUCAGAUACUUACCAGUCGACUUGCAGUUCCAAGCAAUAUCCGAACCACAUCUGCCACAGUUAUCAUCAAUUAUCUCUAGGGACUUCAACCCCGAGCCCGUUGGAGUGGGAAAAGUGCCAUUUUACCGAGGAUCCGGACUCAUCCACGGCCAGCAUCGCAUCAGGGAUAAUUUACAGUGCCUCAGUAAAGGUGCCAAUCAAGCUCCCAGAGAUUCUGAGCUUGCCGCCUACGUUCAGUUACUGUCUUGUUUCCCGAAUAUACUCUUUGACGGUGACUCUCCGAUUCCACAUACCAGGGCAAUGGAGCCGAACGACUGGCCUUACCUUAACAGUUCCACUUCAAAUAUGCUAGCUUAUAGCUAA